ACCAUGCCCAGCCUGCUAUCUACUCGUCGGACGCUGCUCCUGGUCGCGCUGGCAAGUCUUGCUGUGGGAACCUCUAUAUUGUCAGAAACCCCGAAAGCUCCCUUGGUUGUCUCGGACUCGGACAUCCAAGGAUGCGCUCCCAUACAGCAAUUGAGCGCCCUCAAGGAGGAACUCGAGGCAGCGCAGUCGCCUAUCAUGCGGACCGUCUUCUCAUGGCUCUUCCCAUUUGGCCCUGGAAUGAAUUCGGUCCUAGGAACGUUCUACAUCUCCUCUGUCCCGAACUUUAUCCUUGCAUUUAUUCCCGCGCAAAUCAACCCCAACACGUUAAACACCAUGACAGCGUUCGCGACCGGCGGGUUGCUAUCUGAUGUGUUCUUGCACCUCGUUCCUCAUUCGUUUAUGGGUGAGCAUCAGGAUGGUGGCGUCCACUUUGUAAUGGUGGAGGAAAAGCGCAAUAUUCUCAUCGGAUUGGGCAUAUUCGUUGGCUUCGCGUCGUUCUUCAUUAUGGAGAAAACGCUCCGAGUGCUGGGAGGAGACGAAGAGGGCGCGGGUCAUUCGCACAGCCAUUCCCAUUCGCAUACGAAUGGUUCCGCCGAACACACCAACGGCCAUUCAACCGCGGUGGAGGCCCCUUCCACGAACGGCUUGAAGUCUCGUGGGGGUGACAAGCCUGCUACGCCAAAUCCUGAUGAGAAGGCUGUCCACCAGGAUGGCCCUAAACAGACGUCGAAGCUCUCGGCGUACCUCAAUCUCUUCGGCGAUUUCGUGCACAACAUAACUGAUGGCCUCGCCAUGGCCGCUUCUUUUUACUCAUCGCCGCUCAUUGGGGCGACGACGACGCUCGCUUGCUUCGCGCACGAAAUCCCCCACGAGAUUGCCGACUACUCGAUCCUCGUGCGGAGCGGCUUCACGAAAAAGCAGGCGAUGCAAUCCCAAUUCCUGACGGCCGUCGGCGCCUUCGUACGAACGUUCAUGGGUAUCGGGAUACACAACCUCUCAGCAGCCGCGGAAGCUGAGAGUCAAGGCACCAACUUCGCUGACGCCCUCCGCCGAACCGCUGCUGGCCUCCUGGGCACGACCGUGCAGCUAGCAGAUCUUGUUAUUCCCUUCGUGGCAGGAGGGUUCAUGUACAUCGGAGCAGUGGCGGUAUUGCCCACGUUGCUCGAGGACAGCAAAAGCGGCAAGCAGGCGCUACGCGAGUUCGCCGCCAUGUUCAUUGGGGUGGCAUGCAUGUUCCUGGUCGCGUGGAAUGAGUAGACGCAGAGCGAUGGUCAUGGGACGGAUAGGGUUAGGCCACCGUGCGAGGACUGUGGUCGUCAUCGACGGCGUUUUCGUAGAUUGCGUCCGAUUCGGGGCAGUGACGCGGGCUUUGAGAGUGCAGUAAGAUUACUAGUUUAAGUUAAUUGAAAUAUACG